GCAUAGGUUCACAACCUGCAUCAAUCAUCACCUUUCUAUUCUAUCGUUCUCUGCUCUCAAUUCUUAAAAUCUAUUUCAUCAAAUUGCUGCUUCCAGAGAAAGAUAAAAAAACGUCGACGAAGAUGAUCAUGUUGAAGAGCUCCGAUGGUAUCACGUUUGAGAUUGAAGAAGCUGCCGCACGCCGAAGCCAGCUCAUAGCUCAUAUGAUUGAAGAAGGUUUCGAAGAUAUCCCGAUUCCAUUAGUGAACGGCAAGAUUCUUGCGUUGGUGACCAAGUACUGCAAGAAGCACCCCGUCGUCCCCGUCUUCGAUGAUCCUACCUCUGACGAAGAUCUCAAGAAGUGGGACGAGGAAUUCAUCAUGCAAAUCGAUGAUCAAUCCACGAUCUUUGAUCUCCUUCAUGCUGCGGAUUACCUAGGCAUCAAUAGCCUUCAUGACCUAGCGUACCAAGCUGUUUGGGAUAUGAUCAAAGACUAAACUCCAUACCAGAUUCGUACUGACUUCAAAAUUAAUGGGCUUUUGAAUGAGAAGCGGAUUAUCAAAAAAAACUAUAAGCAGCUUUCUAUAUUCUUUAGUGUGUGUGUUUUUUUCAGUUUCUUGAUCAAUGUAGAUGAUGAUGACUUCAUCUACGUUCUAUAAUAAUCCAAUAAUGAACGUACGUAAACAUAUACUCCGUUUGUUGUGAUACUAAAAAGAUUUACUCGAUAAACAAAAAGUAUUCAUCUUGUUGUUGUUUUUUUUUUUUUUAAAUGAAAUUCUGAAAUGGCUUGUUUCA